UGAUGUGAGUAGAAACAGUAACAAUACCACCAAUGCUGACAACAAGAAAGUAAUCUCAGCAGGUGAUGAAAAGAGUGCCCAAGUCUCAGACCUUUGUCAGGGGUCACUGAAGCCAGGUUACAGGAAAGAGGAGGAGAAUGAAAAUAGUGCCCUAGACUCAGACCUUUGUCAGGGUCACUGAAGCCAGUUUACAGGAAUGAGGAGGAAAUGAAAAGAGUGCCCAAGUCCUCAGACCUUUGUCAGGGGUCACUGAAGCCAGGUUACAGGAAUGAGGAGGAGAAUGAAAAGAGUGCCCAAGUCUCAGACCUUUGUCAGGGGUCACUGAAGCCAGGUUACGGGAGAGAGGAGGAGAAUGAAAAUAGUGCCCAAGUCUCAGACCUUUGUCAGGGGUCACUGAAGCCAGGUUACAGGAAAGAGGAGGAGAAUGAAAAUAGUGCCCUAGACUCAGACCUUUGUCAGGAGUCACUGGAACCAGGUUACAGCAAAGAGGAGCAAAAGGAAGUACCAAAUGAAAGCCCACAGCAGCUACAAUGUAAUAUGCAAGAAGAGAGUGAAACAGACCACUAUAUGACCCUCCCCCAGAGUAAAAGUGAUAGUGAUGAACAAACAGAAGUUGUACAGAAUAAGACAGCAUGUCAAGUAGAGAAUGAUGCCAUGGGGUAUAGUAGUACUGAAGCAGAUAUUAGCAAUACACAUGAAAAGGUUACUGCAAGCAUUAAUACUGAUGUGGCAGAAAUUUCAUCCAGAGAAUUGUUAGAUACCCAAGACACCAGGAAUUGUGAAAUUGGGGUCUCAGAUGCAAGUGAAGAAAAAUGUGAAGU